AUGGGCUCCAGCCAUAGCUCCAGCUCUGGCCGGGCCUCCCGCGACGCAGGCGCCGGAGCCGCCGGAGGCGCGGCAGUUCCCCGGAGCUCUGCGGGGAGCGGCGGGACCGCGGGGAACGAGGCGAAUGGGACGCCGGAGGCCAAGGCCUCCCUGUCGCUGCCUAUCCAGAACCGGAGGGUUUUGGCCCAGGCUGCGCCUGCCCCGGCGGCGGGGCCCCCACUGCUGCCGGUGCGCCGCACGCGGGGGGUGGUGCUGGAGCCGCCGGAGGUCCACUCUGCAGUGCCCACGUGGACCCCGUCUCCCGUGUCUCCAUCUUCUUCCAGCCCCACACGCACCCGCGCCUCACGGGUUCAUUUCGCCUCGCCCGUCACCGUGGUAGAGAUCUCCCCGCGCUCUUGGACGCGCUCCUCGCCGGCGAGCCCGGCCUCGCCGCAGAACCCCUCCCCGCGGUCACCCUCCCUGGGCUCCAGUGAAGGGAGCUUGGGGAGCGCGUCGCCUUGCCACGCGGCGCACGUAGUCCAGGACCAGCUUUUGGCGUCCCUGCAGAAGAAGCCUGAGGGCGCGGUGUGCUGUUUGGCAAGCCGCUCUGGUGGGCGCCAGGAGUCCUUUGAGGUGGACUACCAGGCCACCGUGAACUGCGCUGAGGCCGCGCGGAAGGCGAAGCUGCAGCAUUUCGUGAUGCUCUCGGCAGUCUGCGUGCAGCGUCCGUUGCUGGCCUUUCAAGAGGCGAAGCUGAAAGCGGAGGAGGAGCUCUGCGUUGAGGGGGAUAUGGCCUACUCCGUAGUGCGUCCGACAGCCUUCUUCAAGUCGCUCGUCAGUCAGGUGAAGGGCGUCAAAAGCGGCGCGCCCUUCGUCAUGUUCGGGGACGGAACCGAGGUCCGGUGCAAGCCCAUAAGCGAGGAGGACUUGGCGUCCUUCAUUGCGGACUGCUUCUGGGACCCGGCCAAGAAGAACCAGAUCCUGCCUAUUGGCGGCCCCGGCCGGGGCCCGAGAUCGGCCACCAUGCAGAACGACGAGGGUCGUAUCGUGGACCUGUACCUGCCGCGGAAGUGCUCCGAUGCUCGGCGAGCGGCUGGUAACGGGAGUUUUCGUAUGACGGUAGAGGAGAACGCCGCAAGGAACCACUGGUCAACCUGGAACCUGCCCCUCCCAAAGGCCACCAACCGGCUCAUCAAUGCCAAGGAGCACGGCGCGGUGCAGCUGAACGUUGCCCAGACCGACGACGAGGGCCGCUACUCUGGGGACUUCUACACCUUUGCGCUCGCAGGCUUCAUCCGCCAGCGCGGGGAGAGCGAUGCGUGCCUGAACCGGCUGCUCUACGAGAAGGGCCUUCUCACCUUCUCCAAGUGA